AUGUAUAUGCGCCUACAGAUGAUAAAUCUUGAUGAAGACACUCCAAAAAUGACCUGUCAGGGAGUGAUCUAUUUCGGACACGAAGGUCGAAAUAAGAAGGUGGCAACUGAGAGGCGGACUGGACGGCCUAGAAGUAAGAAAACGGCCAGCUUCACAGCUUUUCCGGAUACCUCUCCAAACGUGUCAAUUCGUACUAGGCUUGUGGUGUCACAUGAAAAUUCGGACUGUGAAGCGGAGGCGGAAGCCCCGGUUCUGGCAAAUCCGUCUUUAUCUUCUACUUCGAUGAACUAUCAUCACUUCAUAUCAUUGUCUCAUGAAGAUUCCGAAAGUGAAGCUGAGAUAGUCAUCCCAGCCCCUCCGAACCCUUACAGUUCACGUCUGAGAAGAUCAACCAUCCACACAAUGUCUAUCCCUCCUGGGGGUGUUCAGACUGUUCAUAUUCCUGGAAGCGACACUUCAGACUCAGAUGAGUCUGUGGAAGACACAGACUACCCUUCUCGCCAUCACUCGGAGUUAAUAACAGGUAAUGGCACACCAAUUCAAUAUUCUGAGCCUAUUAGCUCCCCAAUCCUAUCGCAAAUAAAGAAGUCGGUCCAAAAAGCUAUUUGGGAAAAUAAAUAUAUCGACAUAGCUUCGCUUCUGCCGGCAUCAACCAAUCAACACCAAUCUCCAACAUUUUCUUUACAUGUGGACAAUCAAUCCAGUAUAUCUAUCUCACCAUCACACGAAGCUAAGAAAAUUGCUACCAUUGAGUCAUGGACAUCGGCUUUUAUUCGGUUUAUCGCCGUUUACUCACACAGAUAUCCACUUGAAACUUCCCAGCUCAUGAAGUAUAUGGAGAUAGUUCGGGAUAUCGCUUCACGGCGCCCUGGUCUUCCAUUUGCUUUCUACGACACCCGGUUUCGUAUGGCUCGAUCAUCUGCACCUUUGCAAUGGGACAGGUUGCACACAGAAAUUUGGUUAAUGGCGUGUACUUUUUUCAACACAGUAUCUGCACAAACACAGCCAUUUCUCAGACAAUUCCUCGAGAACACAUGUUGGAAUCACAACAAUGGCACUGGAUGCCAUAAUCCCAAAUGUUCACAGCCCCACGUGUGUGGGUUUUGCAGAGGACAACAUACAGCAUUCCAUUGCACAUACUCAAAUAAACAAUUCACGUCCCAGGCCGCUCAAAACUCAUCCACGCCCAAUUAA